AAAAACAACAACACUCACACAACAUGUUUCGAAGCAAUACGAAAUGAAGACAUUCACAUCAUAAAGCUACCGUCAUGGUUAUCAAAUGAGCCAGCCAUAUUUCACGCGCAUGCGCAGUCCAUUGUUAUGAUGUGAACUUGUCCAACAUGUCUGCCUCCUUGGUUCGAGCGACCGUCCGAGCGGUCAGUAAAAGAAAGAUACUUCCAACAAGAGCUCCACUUACUUUGACACCAUCUGCAGUGAACAAGAUCCGAAGUUUGUUGGAGGACAAGCCCGAAUAUAUUGGAUUGAAAGUUGGCGUGAGAACGCGUGGUUGUAACGGGCUGACGUAUACGCUGGACUACACCAAACAGAAGGAAAGUUGUGAUGAGGAAGUGCAGCAGGAUGGCGUGCGGGUGUUCAUCGCGAAGAAAGCCCAGCUGACUCUCCUGGGAACCGAGAUGGACUUUGUGGAGUCCAAACUGUCCAGCGAAUUUGUCUUCAACAACCCCAACAUUAAGGGCACGUGUGGCUGCGGGGAGAGCUUCAACAUCUGAGCCCAGCCCACCUGCCCAAACAAUCUCCCGUCCCGAUAAAAAGACUCCACACGGACCAUGGAGCCAGUCUUAUGACCACUGCAGACUUCAUCCACACUCUAACACACACGCUUGUGAAGCCUCCGUAUGUUAAUCACCGCACUUGUUUUAAUUUUUGUCCUACUUCUGCCGUGUGUAUUUUUAUUUUGGACUUUGCAUCCCCGACCUUGCAAGAACCUCGCAGAAUGUUUUUCUUUUUUCCUUUUCAUUUAUCUGCAUUGUCAUAGUAGCCUACUGUUUUACCGAAACGCACAUUAUUUGACAAUGUCAUAUGAAGAGGAUGGAAUGUGUAAAAGUGUUUGUAAAAAAAAAAAAAAUCCCAAACUGAACGGAAUUGUCUUGAAAAUUUGCUUUAUCGCUUUGUAUAGUCUUUUGAGAACAACAUAGCAUAUUUAUCUCUGUAAAUAUAGAGUGUGAAUGAGCCGAGAACCACAUAAGCGCACAAUAAAGCAAUGUAAAAACUUG